GUGCAAUGUUUAUUUUAUUCGAUACAUCGAAAAGUACAUCGAUACAUCGACUAGUUCUGAAUUAAAUAAACUUUCAUAAACCAAAUCAAAGCGAAUUGAUAUAAUACAUUCAUUCGUUCAUGUGAAUUUUUAAGUACAUUGGUAUUACGCAUUUGUAGUAUUUUGCAUAUGUAAUUUUGUUAAUACCGCUGUAGCUGUUAGCAGGGCCAACUAAUUCUCCAUCCUGUGUAAACAGUUUAGGAGUACUGUAAUACGAAAAAUAAUGCUUUCGAGAUUUUACGGCUUGGCCAUAACAAAGAUACACCCAACAAUGCGAAUGUUUUGCGUAAAUGGUUCUACGAAAUUGCAUGUUCAGCAUAGCCUGGAUGAAAAUCAAUUUUUUGUGGAUGUUGGACCUCUCCGCGCCCAUCUUGAUUAUGAAAAAGAAGGAAGGCGCAUGCGAAUCGUUCACACAGAAGUGCCUUCUGCUAUAGAAGGGCGCGGGUUGGGGAAGUUUUUGGCUAAGGAAGCUUUAGAAUAUGCCGCCAAGAAUGAUCUUAAUCUAAAGGUUGAUUGCGAAUUUGUACAGCACUACAUAAAUAAAUACGAACCGAAAUAUAUCAAGCUAAUGAGCGAAUGAACCCAAAUGUAGA